AAAAGCAGUUAAAGUUUUUACGGAUUGACAUCUUAUAAACGCUUUUGAGAAUUUUUUCACAAUUAUGGCGUUCAAUAAAUUUUUGCGUUUGUCCAACGGCCCCGAUAUGCCGGCUUUUGGCUUAAGAUUAUCUCAGGUGAAAAGAGAUGAUGUUAGUGUGGUUUUAAAUGAUGCCAUCGAAGCCGGUUAUCGUCUGUUUGAAACUUCGCCGUCCUAUAAUAAUCAGAGUGAUGUUGGAGAUGUCUUGACCGCUUGGUUAAAGGGAAAUAAAAUUAGACGAGAGGAACUUUUUAUUGUGACUAAUCUACCUGUUUCAAACAACAGGCCCCAUGAAGUUGAAGACACGCUAAAAGAGUCUUUAAAGAAACUAAAACUAGAUUAUGUUGAUUUGUAUUUAGUGGAAGCUCCAUUUGCAAUUAAAAUGGAAAAUGAAGAAGUUUUUAAGCGAGACAGCGCUGGCAAUGCCUUAUUAGAGGAAGCAACCGACCAUGUGGCCAUUUGGGAGAUCAUGGAAGAAUUGAUGAGUACCGGUUUGACCAAAUCCAUUGGUUUAGGAAAUUUUAAUGUCGAUCAAAUACAACAUAUUGUAGAAACCAGAAAGAUGAUACCACACGUUUUGCAAAUUGAAUAUCAUGUAUAUUUGCAACAACCGGAACUUAUAGACUAUUGCAGAAGAGCCAACAUCACCUUAUUAACCUAUGCAGCACUGGGCGCUGUAAAUAAGCCCGACAAAUACCAAAGAGUAUCUGUGCAAGAUAAAGACGAAAUUCCUAUUUUGGAUCUACCGGAAUUACGUGAAAUCGCUGCAGCACACAAAAAAACACCGGCACAAGUAGCAUUUCGUUGGGUGAUUGAUAAGAAAAUGGCACUGACCGUGAAAAGUUCAAACAAUGAAAGAAUACGCUCGAAUAUUGAUAUUUUCGACUUUUCACUUACCAAAGAGGAAAUGGAGAAGCUGAAUGCAUUAGAUAGGAAUAGGCGUUUUGUGGACUUCUCGCAGUAUAAAGGUAUCGAAAAGCAUCCAGAUUAUCCAUUUCAUACGUAAUCUAUUUCAAGAACCAAAAUAAUACAUUUUCUCAUAUGGUGCAUUUGUAUGGUUUACAUAUCUUUAUGGAAUAAAUUUUAUUUUAAAUUUUCAA